UUUCCACAGGUUUCUCCCCAUGGAUUCAGCUGUCUCCUGUUAGAUAUGAGGAGUGUCCACACUGGUCAGAGGGAGAGAGAGAGAGAGAGGCGGGGAGAGAGUUUGCCUGUCCACCCAUAGGCUGCAGAGAGACGGUCAGAUAAGCAAUACAGGAAGUUUGACAACCAGGAACUACCCGUGAGCCCUGCAGUUACAGAGCAAGAAAGGAGAGCUUGUACUGUACUGAGCCGGAAACGAGAAGCUUCCUGUGUGCGAGAAACCCUAGAGAUGGAGGUUAACUUGGCGUUUCUGAAGUCCUUGCGCAGUGCCCUGAAGAUUGCAGAGAUGGUUGGAGCCUUUGUGACUUUUGUUUCAUUCGCCAUUUCCUCCUCGGGAGUUUUUAUAGCUGUUCCACUCAUGGAGAUAUUCAUCACACUGGCCUUCUAUCUCUUGUAUCUGCUCAAACUUGACGUUAAAGUGACCUUAUUGUUCUGGCCGCUGAUGGAUUCUGUAAAUUCUGUCUUUGCAGCUUUGCUGCUACUGAUUAUCUGUAUCGCUGCAGUAGUCAGCAGGGUCACAGCUGGUGUCAUAACAGGAUCGGUCUUUGGUUUCAUAGCCGUUACUCUUUAUAUUGCUGAUGCUUACAUCAUGUGCAGACUCAUAACGUUCAACCAAUGCAAGAUUCCCAGCAAGUAACGCCAUGGAAACUGCUCUCCAUGACUGAAUUCGGCUGAUGAUAUUGUCAGUCUGGCCCAUCCCCUAAUGGAUUCACAGCUUCAGCUCUGGUCCUCUCAGACCAUCAGCAUCUUGCAUCCCUAGAACGACACGUGCUGUUUACUCAUAGCUGUUCACACCGCAUGGCCAAAGGCUGGGAGGACUCAGGACAGUGGAAGAACACAGUGCUGAUUUGGCAAAGAAAGGAUUUUACUGCAACGAGUCCCACAUUCUCACCACUCACUGGGUAAAGAAGUUUCUCCUGAAUUUCCUAUUGGAUAUAUUAGUGGCUAAUCUUAAUUUGAGGGCCCCCUAGUUUUGGACACCCCCUCACAACAUUUUCUCCACAUCUACCCAGCUUAAAGUGGUUAUCUUUAUGAUUUUGCCAGAGAUAUUUAGCAGACAAGAUCCUCAGGAAUACGUUUAUAUCAUAUUGCGUUACACAGCAAAUGAAAGGAAUGCUUAGCCCAAACACGCUGGUUGUGUGGAUGCUUGAAUAACUGGAUAAAGGGACCAGUUCUGUGUCUCCAGAGUACAGUCCCUUUAAGAUGCUUAUAUUGUGCUUGCUGUAAUGUAUACAUUGGUUAACUAUCAUUCCAAUCACUUGUACUAGGGAAGCACAGUCAUCACAUGACUGUGCUGGAUUUUCUUGUGUCUCAGAAUGUUUUGGAUGUCAAUGUUUCUUCUUUAAUAAAAAAGACUCCAAAAGAAAA